GUUUGAUUAACUUGGAUUGCAGGCUAGCUACCGCAAGAGCCGUGAGGGGGCUUAGAACAAUCUCCUGAAUCGAUCCUCUUUUAUUUCGUUACGUUCUGUUGCUGACCAGUUUUCUUUAACCGUCGGAAUGCGUUGUGAACUACCCCUAAUGCACUGUAAAGAUGUUUUGUCUUCCCCAAUUUAUGGAGAUGUAGGGUUAGUGAUGACUCCAUUGAUGCGUAAAGUUGGUUAGUAGACCGUAAUUCACGCCUUUCACUUGACCUUUGCCUUUCAAUGAAGGCAUAAAUGGUCUUCAGUGAAACUGUGAAUAGAAAGGAAAUUCAACGGCUACACCAACUCUCGGUCGAAAAUGCCAGUAAACCUGCUUCCAGGUCAUAUAUAAUAUUGCGCAAGACACCCUUGGGUGCAUUCUGCAACCUAUCACCGCCUACCACCCACCCACGCACACUGCCUCAGGCCCCCCGAAACACCGCCCAUAAGCUCCCCAGCCUAGAGCUCCAACAUCCCAUACCUUUAUCCCGCGGAGUCCAACAGACAACAAUCCUCCCACUACCCGCUACAUUCUCCCCAACUCAACGACAAUCACGCUUCUCAAUCCGCGCCAAGCCCGACUUACCUGAAAGCCAAACGACCCCGUCCUCCCGCAAACGCCGUGGAGAUACUAGCGAUACCUUUACGUCGCGAGCGGAUCCAAAACACACCCAUCACAUUCUCAAUCCGAACCAAGAACCAAGCAAAAACCAAAGACACACCGGCUGGUCCCUGUGUCCGAGUGCAUUGACAUCCUACCUAGCGACGUAUCCAUUUCGACUCAUAUAAACCUAGGAACCAAAAUGGCGUCCGGGUACGUCCAUCUAUACUCACCCUUUAUACCCUCCUCACACCAUUCAACAAAAGAAGACUAACAAUAAACUAAAGCUGGAGUCUGAUCAUCGGUUUAAUCAUCAUCGUUAUUGCAUCCGUGGUAGCGUGGAUCUUCAGCCCCAAGGGCGAUAAUCAAACGUACAUUUCCUUACCCCCCCCCCCCCCCCCCC